CUCCUCCGAGGAUGGAAGCCGGCGCCGCGUACGGAGCCGGCAAAGCCGGGGGCGCUUUCGACCCGCAGACUUUCAUCCGGCAACCGCACACCGUCCUCCGGAUGGUUUCCUGGCUUUUCUCCAUUGUUGUGUUUGGCUCCAUUGUGAACGAAGGCUAUCUUAACCAUCAAGAUGAAUCAGAGGAGUAUUGCAUCUUCAAUCGCAACCAGGAUGCCUGUGGUUACGGCAUCACCGUGGGAAUCCUUGCCUUCCUCAGCUGCCUUCUUUACCUGGCACUAGAUGUCUACUUUCCACAGAUCAGCAGUGUCAAGGAUCGCAAGAAAGUUGUGCUCUCCGAUGUUGGUGUGUCUGGCUUGUGGGCGUUCCUCUGGUUUGUCAGUUUCUGUUUCCUGGCUGACCAAUGGCGAGUUUCAAAGCCAGAAGACAAUCCAAUGAAUGAAGGAACGGAUGCAGCCCGGGCAGCCAUUGCAUUCUCUUUUUUCUCCAUUUUCACUUGGGUGGGCCAGUCAUUUCUGGCAUUCCAGCGAUACCUGCUUGGCGCCGAUUCGGCUCUCUUCUCCCAGGACUACAUGGACCCGAGCCAGGAGGCCGGCAUGCCUUACGCGCCCUACACAAGUGAGGAUGACACUACAGCUAGCAUGGGGACAUACCAGCAGCCUCCUUCGCUGGAUGCUUUUGAUGCUGACACACAGGGGUACCAAACACAGAACUACUGAGAGCUGUUGGGGAGCUCGUCUCCUUUUCCCUCCCCUCUGCCCACCCUCCUCUGCCACCAACAAGCCAAGGUGCAAAACAGACAUGUGUGUUUUGGAGCAACAGGUGGCUCUGGACCACCCUCCAGCCUUCUAGGGUCUUUGUUUUUAAUUUCGUAGUUUUUUUAAACUGGAAAACCUAAUGCCUCGCUGCUCC